AUGAGUGUGAAACCAGUACGAAAUAAUGUUCCAGAAGAGAUUCAAGAAGAGAUGAGCCGUUUGUAUGAAGAGGUUCCAACUUUGGAAGAUGAUUAUGAACUUCUUGAUAAGAUUGGUGAGGGUACUUUUUCAUCGGUUUAUAAGGCUAAGGAUUUAAAGGGUAAGAUCUAUCAGAAAUAUGCAUCACAUUUUUGGUCAUCAGAAGCAAAAUAUGUAGCAUUGAAAAAAAUUUAUGUUACGUCAUCUCCCCAAAGAAUAUACAAUGAAUUAAAUCUUCUGUAUAUAUUGGCUGGUUGUAUUAGGGUAGCACCAUUAUGCGAUGCUACUAGGGUACGAGACCAAGUUAUAGCAGUAUUACCUUAUUACCAACAUGAAGAAUUUAGAAAUUUCUAUAGAGACCUUCCAAUAAAAGGUAUAAAAAAAUAUAUGUGGGAGUUAUUACAGGCUUUGAAUUUUGUACAUUCAAAAGGUAUCAUACACAGAGAUGUAAAACCGACAAAUUUUUUAUAUAAUCCAGAAUUGGGUCGUGGGGUACUAGUUGAUUUUGGUUUAGCAGAAAUGCAAGUAAAUUAUUUGGACGAGAUCAAUGGUCAAUUAAAUGAUGACAAUACAAUUUCUGUUAAAGAACGUAGGCACCAAGAACAAUUCUGUCCAUGUAUCAUGAGGGAAGCAGGAUUAUCUGCUCCACAUGGGGUUUCCGGGCCAAUGAUUACAAUUCAAAAUGGUAAAGUGGUACAUUUAAACGGUCUUAAUAAUAUAGAUCUUACAAAGGGUUAUCCAAAAUAUGAGACACGUAGAGUGAAAAGGGCAAAUAGAGCAGGUACUAGAGGCUUUAGAGCACCUGAAGUGUUAAUGAAAUGUGGCGCCCAGACAACUAAGAUUGAUAUUUGGUCAGUUGGUGUAAUAUUACUAAGUUUAUUAUCAAGAAGAUUCCCAAUGUUCCAAAGUUUGGAUGAUACCGACUCAUUGCUUGAAUUAUGUUCAAUAUUUGGAUGGAAAAAAUUAAAAAAAUGUGCUAACAUCCAUGGUCUUGGCUUUGAAGUUAGUAAUAUACAGAAUAUUAAAGAAGAGGGAUACCCAGGUGGAUUAAAAGGUUUCGUAUAUGAUCUAUUAAAUAAAGAAUGCGAAGAAGGCACAUUUCCAGAAUAUAGCAUUUCAUUUGAAACUCAUUGUUAUCUAAGUCAGGAAUUACAUGACAAAGUUUCAAUUGAACCAAAAUUACCAAAUGGCGAAGACAUGAAAAGUCGAGCGGAUGCAUAUCAAUUAAAAAAAUAUCAGGAAGAAAUUUGGUCAGAUCAUUUUUGGUGCUUUCAACUACUACAACAAUGCUUUGAAAUGGAUCCCCAAAAACGUAGUUCGGCAGAUGAAUUAAUACAUAGUGCAUUCUUUUAUGAGUUAACAGAUGCUGGUGAGACAACCGAAGGUGAGAUGACUGAUGAUGAUCUAAAUAACACUGAUUAUAGUGGAGUUGAAGAUAACGAUGUUCUAUUAAUAUCCGGCUAA